AUGUCUUUUGCCCAGCGGAAACAACAGGAAGAACCCCAAACCCAGAGUGACUCCUCCCCAUCAUCAGGGCCUCCGUCUAGUUUAUUGUCAAGAGAACAGCCAGCGACGCUGACGACCCCUUCGCCACCUAAGCCUGAAGGAUCUGAACCUGAAAAUGAAGGUUCCCCUCCCGGAGGGGUUGGAAAGUUGCUUGUUAAAGAUACCGGGACAAGCUAUAUCGACAGCGCGCAUUGGAAAGCUAUCCUUGAAGAAAUAAACGAGUUUAAGGAGUCAUUGGAAGACGAUGAUGAAUUAUCAGAUGAAGAAGUCCUCGAGAAUGAUGGUUCCAAUGACAUGGAGCCAACAAUUUGGUUUGGGAUAAGCAAACAAUUAAGCAAGGAGGAACUGCUAUCUGCUAUACCACCUCGGCCAGUAAGCGACAGGAUGGUAUCCAAUUUUAUGAACUCAAAGGAGCCUAUAGUUGCGAUCCUCCAUGUUUCAACCUUUCAAAACGAGUAUAAUAAGUUCUGGUCCAACCCACAACAAGUUUCUCUUCCAUGGCUUGGAAUGUUAUACUCAAUCCUGACACUAAGCACUUUGUUUUACCAACGCGUUGGGGACCCGAUACAUGGUCUUGCUGGAGAUUACACCGAGAUCUGCAAUAUCUUCAGAAAGAGAAGUGCACAUUGCCUUGUCCAGUCCAAUUAUAUUGUUGCAGGACAGUACAAAGUUGAAGGACUGUUCCUCUAUACCAUGGGAGAGUUCUACAAAAGACAUGAUGUCAAAUCAGGAGUCCCUUACCUUUUAGGUAUUACGAUCAAACUAGCUAUGCAGAUGGGCUAUCACAGGGAUCCACAACAAUUCCCAGCUAUAUCUGCUUAUGAAGGAGAAAUGAGAAGGCGUACAUGGGUGUUCCUCUGCCAGCUUGACGCUUUGAUUUCAUUUGAGGUCGGCGUUCCCCGGACAAUACAAGACUGGCAAUAUGACACGGAGCUACCACGUAACCUGUCCGAUCAAGACUUCAACGAAGGAACAUUGCACCUUCCUCCAUCACGGCCGUUGAGUGAGAUAACCACGUCGACGUACGUCAUUUCUAAGUCUCGCUUAAUGAUUAUAUUGGGGAAAAUUCUGGAUAUGGCAUUUUCGCGGAUACCAGUGACAUAUGAGGAGACCCUUGAAGUCGACCGAAGACUGGAAGAAGCAAAUAGUCUAGUUCCUCCUGCAUAUAAGAUUCGACCCAUUAACCAGUCCCUUGCGGACCCCCCGGAGUUGAUAUUCCAGCGAUUUACCCUUUUGAAUGUAUACCAGAAGGCUCGCUGCGUUCUUCAUCGGAGGUACCUGGGAGAGGAGCAUACAAACAUGCGGUACGCAUACUCGCGGAUGGUAUGCAUAAGUGCAUCCAAAAAGAUCCUACAGGUUCAUGCAGACCUACACCGUGAAAUCCAACCAGGAGGCCUGCUGUAUCGGAACAGUCUAUUCCCCAACUCAAUCCAAUAUAACGACUAUCUCCUCGCGGCCAUGAUCCUUUGCAUGGAACUGUCAUAUAACCACGCUGCUGGACCCGCAGGGCCAAAGAAUGAUGAUAUGGCUGUCGUGGUCAAGGAUCGGGACGAUCUAAUAUUUACACUAGAAGAUUCACACCAAAUACUCAAGGACCUGAGCCAACAAUCUGCAGAUGCUCAAAAAGCUCACGCAGCAUUAACAAUCAUGCUCCGCAGAGUAAAGGGCGGCCUGCAUACUAUACCACCACCAAAAACAAAUAUACCAAGUGCGACAACAACAAACAGCCAGGUUACUGAAUUAUUUAAUGCGCCACCACCACCAUAUGAUGCUUGGUCGAAACUAGACACAUCAACUUUGGACAACCCACUAUUCCCUGCAAACAUGGUGCCAGAGUCUAUACCUGCUAUAGGUGCAUCGCCAUACGGGUCUCUUGAUGUGAUUGGGGAAAUGCUUGAUACACCUGCUAAUCUUGACUGGCAACUUUGGGACCAACAAAUUCAGAAUCGGGAAAAGUUUAUGAAUAUGGAUAGUAAUGAUUUGUGGUAUAUGCAAUAA